AUACAUGUGAUAUCUAUUGAUAUUAAAAUCAUGUAAUUUUUCGUAAAAACAAACUCAAAAUCAAUUUCGUACAAUUCUACAAAUAUUAUUCAUAAUAAAAAAAAAGAUAAAGUAGACAAUUUUGAACGCGGAAAUGCUUAAAUACAAAAUUCUUGAUAAAUAAAUUUAUGUUUAUGCAAUCCAAGGAUUUGUAUAGGAAUUGUGAAAAUAGGGUUCCUUGACUUUACAAUAAUUUGAUACUAAUACACUGGUUCAUACACGAUGGUUGCCCAUACUAUACUUCUGGAUUUCACAAUUCCAUCAAAUGUGAUAGCAGAUGUAGAAAAACGUUCUAAUCUAAAAUUAGCAAUCGCUAAUGUACUGAGAGAACACUUUGAUGGUCUAAAACCAUUAACUGAAUCAAACAUUGACGGAAGUCUUUUAGUACUUUAUACUGGUCCUAAAGGUAGUUUGAUUACUGUUCGAGGAUAUAUGGAAGGCUUGGUCACCCUUAACAUUGAGUAUUAUAAAAGAGAUGAUGAGGAAGCGCUCUUGAAUUUUGAGUUGACCAGAGAAUUGGAGACAGCGUUGCAGGCGGCAGCAGCCUCUACGCGUUCGCACACGCUUUCACCAAUUAAACGCGGUGGACCUUUUGAGAGAUACUUUCCUACCGCCGAUGACAGACUGCUUGAAUAUGAUAUAGAUAAAUUGAUCUUUGAGGCACGCUCUCCUUAUCAAAAAGUGCAAAUUGUACACUCGAAGUCAUUAGGGAAUUUGUUGGUUCUUGAUGAAUUACAGAAUAUGUCUGAAGCAGACCUUAUAUAUACAGAAACUCUGAUGCAACGUGGAAAGGAGAAUUACACAGGAAAGGAAAUAGUUAUUUUAGGAGGAGGAGAUGGUGGGUUGCUGUGGGAAUUGCUUAAGGAAAAACCAAAAUUCGUUACAAUGCUGGAAAUUGAUGAUAUUGUUAUAAAAGCCUGUAGUCAACAUAUGAGGAGCAUAUGUGGAGAUUGUCUGGAUAAAAGAAAGGGAGAAAACUAUGAAAUCAUUGUUGGAGAUUGUGCAAAAACUUUAGCACAUAUGAUAGAGGAAGGUCGACAAUUUGACUACGUCUUCGGUGAUCUUACGGACAUACCGAUCAGCACUACUCCACAUGGUGAUGCAUGGGAUUUUAUUCGACUUAUCCUAAACUCUACGGUGAAAGUUUUAAAACCAACUGGAAAGUAUAUGACUCAUGGCAAUGGAGCGUCUUGUCCUGAAUCGCUAGAAAUGUACGAGCAGGUUCUUUCACAACUCUGUCUACCAGUAACUUUUACUAAAAAUAGUGCUUUUAUACCCUCUUUCUUCGAGGAUUGGGUCUUCUAUCAAGUAUCGUUAAAAUGAUGGAUUAAAUGUAUAACCUUGAGGUUCCAGGGAAGGCAUGCUCACAACCUAUUUCCUUCCUUAUGACCCAUAUUCAAUCCUAGUCGCUGAUGUUUUGCUAACAUUUUUUAAAACAUAGAGUACAAAUAUAUCUCAGGUUCAAAUUGCCUUUAUUUAUUUAUGUUUACUAAAUAAGCUGUACUUCGUACUAUAACGAUUAUGUACAUAAAAAUGGAAAUAUUACAAGAAGUAUAUAAUAUAUCAGGCAAU